AUGCAGCUGCUAGUGAAGGACUACACUCUCUCCCCCUCUCCCUGCCCUUUUCGCAUCCCCCCCAUCUCCUUCCCCCCCUCCCUGCGCCAUUUGCCAGUGCGUGUGAUGUCGGUGGGCAGGCAUCGCUCACAGGGCACACAGCCGCUUGUGACCUAUCCUUUACCCUCUCCCAUCUGCUCCCCUCUUCUCCUCUCCCGUUACAUCGCCCCCCUCCCAGCGCCGCCUGCCAGUGCGGCGCCGCCUGCCAGUGCGGGUGAUAUCAGUGAACAGGUAUCGCUCACAGGGCACACAGCCGCCAAUAUAGGUCUCCACCCUUCCCCCCCCUGCGUGCCCCUUCCGCAUCUCCCCCACCCCCUUUCCACCUCCCAGCGCCGCCUGCCAGUGCGGGUGAUAUCAGUGGGCCGGCACCGCUCACAGGGCACACAGCUGCUCGUGAAGGACUAUGCGGAGAAGAUUUCCCGCUACUGCCCGUUUGAGGACCUGCCCGUACGCUCCAACCCCAAGGGGACCAGUGACGUGCGAGUGCAGGUGGAGGCGGAGGGCGACCGGGUGCUCAAGGCGCUGCACCCCCAUGACUGGGUGAUGCUGCUGGACGGGCGAGGCCGCACUGGCAUGGCAUCGCAACCAGGAACCCAAGCUGUGUGGCGCUGUAGCAUCAGCCGCGCCCCACUUCCCCCCUUAUGUGCUGCUGCUCGUGCUCCUCAUUCCCCCUUGCCCCGCCAGGUGGUGCUGCUGGACGAGCGGGGUCGCACAGUGACCUCGGAGCAGCUGGCGCAGCUCAUUGCCGACUGUGCUGAUGCCGUGAGCGGUGCUGUGCUGUGCUGUGGUGCGGUGAUGGGAGAGACAUGUCACACCCCGUGGAUGCCUGUGCUGUCAUGCACCUAUGCCCACCCACCCAUGCCCACCCAUGCACCCAUGCCCACCCACCCAUGCCCACGCAUGCACCUAUGCCCACCCACCCAUGCCCACGCAUGCACCUAUGCCCACCCACCCAUGCCCACGCAUGCACCUAUGCCCACCCACCCAUGCCCACGCAUGCACCUAUGCCCACCCACCCAUGCCCACGCAUGCACCUAUGCCCACCCACCCAUGCCCACGCAUGCACCUAUGCCCACCCACCCAUGCCCACGCAUGCACCUAUGCCCACCCACCCAUGCCCACGCAUGCACCUAUGCCCACCCACCCAUGCCCACGCAUGCACCCAUGCCCACCCACCCAUGCCCACGCAUGCACCUAUGCCGAUCCAUGCACCUAUGCCCACCCAUGCACCUAUGCCCACCCAUGCCCAUCCAUGCACCACAGUGCAUCAGCUGCACCUUUCUGGCCUCCUUCCUUCAACUCGCCCUCCCUCCCUCCCUCCCUCCCUCCCUCCCUCCCUCCCUCCCUCCCUCCCUCCCUCCCUCCCUCCCUCCCUCCCUCCCUCCCUCCCUCCCUCCCUCCCUCCCUCCCUCCCUCCUUAUCAUUUGCCUUCCCUCCCCGGUGUGGCCUACCUCUCGUAUUAAAUCCCACCAGCCGCACCGCUCGCUGACAUUCGUGGUGGGGGGGCCGUACGGCCACGGGUCACACGUGGCAGCGAGGGCCAACAGCAGCAUUCGCCUCUCAUCGCUCGUGCUCAACCAUGAGGGAUCACACUUCACCUACUUCCUCUCCUCCCCGCCCAGUCGCCUGCGAACCUCCUCCUCUUCCUCCUGGCUGGGUCGCAGAAACCACCGCUUCACCUGCGCUGACGCCCCCUUCACCUGCCACGGCGGAUGGCAGGCCAGUGGCAGGGAGGGUGGGGGGAGGAGGGGAGCGGGAAGAAGUGGGAGGGGGGAAAGGGGCAACAGCAGACGAGGGAUGGUGUGGCCUCCACGAGGGGGAUCCUGGGGGAACCUCUCGUUCGUUUUCUCCUCCUCGCCGCCUCCCAUAAGGACUCUCCUCUCCCCCUCCUUGCCCUCUCUUAGCCGCCGUGCUGCCUCCUCGCUGCGAUGUACUGUGCAGCUGGCAGAAGAGAUGGCAGGAACGGUGGAAGGCGGGGUGGAAGGACGGUGCACUAUCGAGGACGCCCUCGCCCGCCUCGUUAAGAGGCACGGCGCCGUACGCGCUAAGGAGCUCGCGCUGCUCGACAAGGUGGAGCAGGCGCUGGAGCAGACGCAUGCGGCGCUUCAGGCGGAGCUGCAGGCGGAAACGGCGGAACGCGCGGAGGGAUUGGCGGAGCGCGGGGAAAAGGGGGAAAUUGUGAGUGAUGCGAGUGGUGACGUGGCAACGGACAUCACCAGGCCUGGCCACCCCAGUGCUACUCUCGACAGCAACCCUGGCUGCCGAGCCGCUGUGUCGAGCCUGCUGUCCAGGCUCGGCAGCCUAGGUCCGGAAAAGGAGAUAGCAACGCUGCAUCGGGAACUCCACGGGGCAGUGGCGCGGCUGAGCAAGGCUGUGGAGCGGGAGAAGGAAAAGGGCACGUUCGUGGCUGAUAUCGGAGGUGCUUAUAGAGAGGCCGUGCAGUUCGACCCCGUUAUAGUGAACCGCGAGAUCGCGAAGCAUCUGUUCCGCCAAGGGCUGCUCGCCGUGGCGGACGCGCUCGUGGCGGAGGCGGGUCUGGGGGACGCGGGGGGAGGGGCGAGGGGGGAGGUGGGGGAGGAAGCGGAGGAAGGAGAGGUGCGGGAAGGAGAGGAGGAUGGGGAGGAAGGGGAGGCGAUGGAGGAGGAGGGGAAGGGGGAGGAGCGGAUGGAGAUAGCGGGGGGCGCAGGGGCGGAGGCGAACAUAGAAAGGGGGAGCAACGUGGGGACGGGGAGCAGCAGCGGAGGGGGGAGUGCAGGGGAGGGCGUGGGGGGCUUGUGGGGGGAAGGCGUGUCUGGGCGGGGUGGAAUGGCGCGCCUUUCAUGGUCAGCGCGGAGGAGAAUGAUGUCUGCCAGUGGCGUGGGGGGAGGUGGCGCGGGGGCCAGGGCUGGGGGAGAGGCGAGGGGCAAGGAUGGGGGAGCGGUGGGCGCGCAGGGGGGCGCAGGUGCAGUGGCAGGGGGGGAGGGGAGGGGCGGAGGUGGGGGCGUGGGCGAGGGAGUGAGCUUGCAGGAGCACCGGCGCAGGUACGGCGCCAUGCAUGCCAUCCUGCACGCUAUCCGAGCCAAGGACCUCGGUCCGGCGCUGGCUUGGGCGGCGCAGCAUCGGGAGGAGCUGCAGCGGGAAGUUGCCGGGGGGUUUCCGGACGUGAAGGUGGGAGGGGGGGAGGGAGGGAAGGCGGUGGUUGGAGGGCUGAAGACAAGCUCUCUGGAGUUUGAAGUUCAUCGACUGCAGUUUCUGAAUCUUCUACAGGAGCAGCAGAAACAGCUUAUAUGGAAGCAACAGCAGCAGCAAAAGGAAGGCUCGUUUCCCAUGUCUGAUCCUGCCAUUGACGACAGCAACGGCCAAUCACGGCCUGCCACCUCGGCAGCACUCCAAUACGCGCGCCAGCACUUCCCGCCAUUCGCCGCCACCCAUCUCCCCGACAUCCAACGCCUCAUUUGCGCUCUCCUGUGGGUUGGGCGGCUGAAUUUGUCCCCAUAUGCCGACCUCCUGCCACUCACUGCCGCCCACUGGGAUCAGAUCGCCGCCCGGUUCACCGCAGACUACUGCGCCGUCGAGUGCCUCGAAUCCGCCGAAAGCCCAUUGGCUGUCGUGGUGGCUGCGGGCGGCGAGGCCCUCCCAAUGCUGAUAAAGCUUGCCGCCCUGCUGAACCACAGCAGCGGGAUUGGCAGCGGGGGAGGAAUCAGCCGAUCAGGCGGCAGCACCACCACUGCUGCUACCACUCCUACUACUGCUGCUGCUGCUGGUACAGGCGGCAGCAGCAGGAGGGUGGCACGGGACUGGCAGGGCAUGGAGCAGCUGCCAGUGGAGAUCGAGCUGCCACGCGCCUUCCACUUCCACUCCAUCUUCGCCUGCCCUGUCUCCCGUGAGCCCGCCUCCUACCCCGACAACCCGCCCGUGCUGCUGCCCUGUGGCCACGUGGUGUGCCGUGCCUCCGUGCUCAAGCUCGCCAAGGGCGCCACGCGCCCCUUCAAGUGCCCCUACUGCCCGCUGGAAACCGCGCCGCUUGACUGCCGCCCCAUCCAGUUCUAG